CCUUUCUGGUGCCUUUUUGGCUUGCUUUUGCUUCGCUUGCAUUUUGUAAAUUAUUAAAAGGUGUUUAACAGUAAUUUACACUACGUUUAAAUAUAAAAUAAAUCAAGUGGGAUUAGUUGCGGUUUACCAGAAGUCAAUAAACAACAAAAAAUUAGAUACCAAGCUACAUCGUAGAUAAUAUGAAAUUCAAGUUCUGCUCCGAUGGUGACUGCCCGCUAUGGGCGCUCGCCGCUCUGCACGCGCUGAGCAGUCUACCCGCUCCACUCUUCAGGAAUUUAUUGCAUCAUGUCGUGGAUGAACAGCCUGACGAUGGCAUCAUGGAGAUUUUGAAAGACACAAAUUUAUCCUCUCGCGAAGAAUGUGCCCGUGCAGCGGCUGUACUACGCUGGACUCUUCGGCAAGCGCACCGCUGUUCGUGCAGCGGCGUGCAGCUGGCCCGCGACCUGCUCGUGCUGGGCGUGCCUCGGGCGCAUGCUGCCGCGCUAGCUGAAGCCGCUGAUAGCACGAGGGAUGCAUAUGAAACGCAUGUCAAGUCGAACGGGUUUAUGGUGAAUAAAGUCACGGAUGUGUUCUCAUCUCCCGCCCCACAAGGCACCGUGGAUUCAAUAAAGCUGACCAUAAAAUCUGAUGAAGUAUUUGCUGGCGAACAAAAUACCACUGAAUUGAUCAUAGACAAAACCCAAAUUAAAGAUUUAUUGGAAGAACUUAAAUAUGCGUAUAAGAAAAUGGAGGAGAUUGAUAUGGAAUAAUCAAUACAAUAGGUACAUGUAAUACUUUUUGUAAGCGUAGACUGCUAGUUCUUAAUGUCAAAUUUAACUUUAUUUUGCAUCGCAUAAUAAUUGAAAUUUACAUUUAAGAUAUAAUGAUUCCAUUAAAAUUAUAAGUAAUUUAUAAAUUAUAAUAUU